AAACAAUUAAUCCAGAAAAUCAAUAUUUUAGGUACUUAUUGUAAUAGUCUAGAAAAUGUUGUAACUGUUGUUAGAAAGUCUCAAAGGUUAAUUCAAAUAAAAGAAAUAAUCGAUUACCCACGUAGAUCAGUAUAUACCAAUGAAACAGAAGUAGCAAGAAGGAUAAUAUCAUACGAUGGAAUAGAGAAAGAACGAGGCAAGUUGUGUGAUAUCCGUUUGAUAUCACAUGAUCAUGUAGAUAAUGAUAUUAUAGAUGCUAUUCAAAACCGUAAAGAAAUUGCUCUCAUUAAAGACGAAAAUCAAUUUACUGUUCUUUAUCAGGAAAAAGAAAAAGGUAGCUUAGGUUCAUGGAAGAUAGAAAAUCACGAGCUAAGUAAUUAUCUUUCAUCUUUGAAUUAUAAUCGAACAAUCCUUGAUAGAAACGAAUGUUCAAAAAUAUACGUUACCAUUUAUGAACACGUUACAAUAAAUAGUGGCUACAUUCGGAGUAAUUUUUCCGUAUUUCUCAAAAAUUUAACGAACAAUAGCAAAUAUGAAAUAACAUUUAAUGAUCUGACUGUCCGACAAGACAGUGGAACUGUCGAUGAAGCGGAAAAUAUUAUCUAUCAGGCAGUAUCCGGGCACGUACCAUUUGGAGCACCAAUCUUAAACGGUAAAGAUAAAUAUAUUAGUGUUAGUAUAACACAAAUUAACGCAGAAAGAUUGAAAGCUUUUCUAAAUCCUAACAUUGAAAUUAAAGAAGCUACACUAGAUCUAGCACUCGUACAAUUGGAAGGGAAAAGUUCUUUUUUCCAUCGGCACUUAUUACCAGAAAAUUGGUCUCUUGAUUUAUGUCCUGUUAAUUUAGAAAUUUUUUUGGACAAUAAUAAAAUAGAGAUGAAGUCAAAUCUGCAAGCAAGAGAUGCAAUAGAAAUUCUUAAAAAAAGACAACCAGACGAGAACAUACAAUGUAAUUUGACUUUCAUAUCUGCGAAUGAAAUAUCAAAAGUUCUUAAAGAAAACGUAUUAUCUAACUCAAUUCAAACUAUUGAAUUUAUUGGACUGGAUGGAUAUAAUGUUAAAGAAAAAUUAAAAACUAUACAGUCUAAUAGUAUUACACUCGAAAUAUCAGAUAGUAAAGAAAAAUUAGUAGAGAUUCUUACUUGUUUAGAUCUACAAUAUGUCGAAUUGUAUUCCUAUGACAAAGAAAAGUCGAAUCACCGAAGCAUAAGAGAAGUCGUUGAUACGGUUACAGCAGAGAGAAAAAUAAAAAACUACGAAAAAGAUAACACAACUAUUAGAUUAAUUGAUAUACUCAUACAUGAUAUUGAAGAAAUAAUUGGAAAAUGCCCGAAUACAACAUAUAAUAUUAGUUUUGUUCGUAUAAGAAAUUUCGAUGAACUUUUGAAAGGAUUAAAUAACGAGCUAGUCAAUAUUCACUUUGAUGAAUUAGAAUUAGAACCAGCCAUACAACUUAUUCGACAAAUUAGGAAAGAAAAUCUCGAUUUUAGUUUGACAUGUAAAAAAUUAACAAAAGGUCAGGCAGAAAGACUUAUGAAAGAAGCUCCAGUAGAACAAGAAAAUAUAGAAAUUAACAAAGUAAAAUCUUUAAAUGAACUAUUCAUGAAUGAAUCAAGACCUCAUUUAGAAUUAUCAGAGUUUUCUGGAAGAGGAAUCGAGUAUUUACUUGAAAUUAGUGAAAAGAGAUUUAUUCCAUGGAGAAGUAUUGCUACUGUAGUUACUAUUGCUGCUGUUCAAAUGACAGUGGGUGGAAUUCUUAUAGCAACUGGAUUUGGUGCCACGGUAGGAUUGGGUCUAAUCACUGAAGGAGGAGCAGAUUUGUUCACUGCCUACCGAGCUUAUAGUACGAGACAAUUCAGUUGGUCAGAUUAUGGAAAGCAAAAAGCAGUAAGUCUUAUUAUUUCAGCAGUUUCAAUGGGAUUCUCAGCAAUCAAAGAUACAGGUAAAGGGAUUCAGAAUUUAGUGACAGGUGUAGGAGAAGAAGUACUUGAACAAGCUGGUACAAAAAUAAUAACAGAUGGUAAAGCCGUAAGCCAAGUGUUAGUUACGACUGGAAAAAAUUUAAAAAGUCUAGCUAUUAAACAAAUUGGAGUAACAAUUGGUGAAAAUGCAUUAAGGGAAGGUUUAACUACAGUUGCAGAUUUUAGCUCACAUUUUGUAUUAGAACAAUUGAAACCGCAAGUUUCAGCUAUGAUACAAAGUAAAGUUAGUGAUCAAUUUUCUAAUAAACCUAAAUUACUAAACAUAAUCCGUAAAAUGUAUGCUAUUGAGUCAUUUGAUAAACAACAAAAAUUUAAAGACAAAAUAAAUAAAUGCAUAGCUGAAAUCAUUAAUCCUGAACAUAAUUUUUGGCGUAAACAGUGGGAUUCUAUUGGUGGUCCAUUGUGCAAAGGUCUUCUAUCAAGUUCACAACAUGUAGGUGGCCCAUUUAGCAUGGGUAUGAGAAUAGUUGGUACCCUACAUGGAAUGUAUCAAAUUACUUUUAUUAUUGACAAAGUUCAUGAUCAACUUCUAGAGAAACUUUCGCAAAUUGAUCAAGACACUUUAUCAAUAGAUCAGAUUUUACGUCGCUAUUGUGGAGUCACAAAAGAAGAUACUUACGGAAUUGUAAAUCUUCUUGAAAAACAAGGAAUAUUAGAUACAAAUAAAGAAUUCAACAUUGAAAAUUUAAUUCCUACAGAUUUGAGUAUAUCGGAUAUGUAUCGAGACGAAGUUGUAAACUUUUUAAAGUCAUUAGAUAGUGUAGAAUUCAAUGAUUUGAGUGAACUAAUGAAAUCAAUAUCAGAUCUGAUUACAGAGCAAGUAUUUAGAAUUACAGAGUCCCAACUUAUUUCACCAUGGAGUAGUUAUGGUAUGGGUGAACUGACCAAAGCUAUUUCAGAAAGAGUACAGCAUCAUUUUAUUGUUGAUGAAAAACAAAAUGCUGAUAGUCAAAAUCGAGAAGAUCGAGAAAAAGGUGAGAGUAAAUAUAACACUAUUACAAAGCAAAUAAAAUACAAUGCUAAAGAUUACACGAUUGCAUAUAGUCAAUGUGAAAUCAUUCAUUAUUCUCAACAACAACAACGAGAUAGAUCUAAUCCUGGAGUAAUCGAUAAUAAAACAAAAGAAUAUAUUGAUGGAGUAAGAAACGAUAAACCAGCAAAUCUUUCUGAUAUGAUGGCAAUUGCUGCUCAGAAUGAUGUAGAUAUAAAAAUAGUCGAUGAUGUCAAUUAUCAACCUACAGAUGAGGAUCAAGCAAGAGGUACAAACAUUAUCGUGUACUCGAAAGGAGAAAAAGAUGAUCAAGGAAAUUUUAGUGUGGGGCACUUUCAACUUAUGACGGGAGAUGGUACUUUAGUUGAUAUUCCAAGCGAAAAAAAUAAUUGCGGUUAUAGUGUUAUUCAGAAAAUAUUAAAUGAUCGAAGUAUCGAUAAAUCUAUCGAUGAUCUUCGUAACGAUAGAGCUCAGAGAAUCGAAGAUAAUCCUAAAGAAUUUUCUAAAAUAUUAGAAGUGGAACAAUGGGUUUCAUCUCGUUAUCCGCAGGAGGCAAAUUCUUUUUUAAUCGUAGGAGGGGUCGAACAGAAGAAAUCUCCUGAAGAGAUUAAAAAAAUUGUUCAAAAAGGAUUAAUAGGCCCUUAUGGCUUAUUAUGUGAUGAAUUACCAGGACGACAAGGAAUUGCUGAAAUUAAUCACAUCCCUCCAAAAUCUGCAUAUAAGGGCACACCCUACGAAAAAAUAAAUAUUAAUCAUAUGCCAGCAAUAGCCAUGUUUAAAAAGGAUCAUAAACAAACUAGUUCGUGGGGAUAUUACAAAAAGGGUUUAUAUCAGAAAGAAAUUCAAAAUCUUAUGAAAAUUGGAAACAUGGCUGAGGCUAUCUACAUUGAAAUGAAAGAUAUAUCAACAAUUAAUGCUACAGGAAUGAAUUAUCAACGCCACGUUCCAAAAUACAUUGAUUAUCUAGCAUCUACACCUGUAAAAAAUGCACCAUUGAAUAGCGUUGGUACAAGAACUCUAAUAACGCCGAACGAAGCAUCGAAAUUGAAGCAAAGGCUGAGACUGAGAUGA